AUGAAGAUGAAUUUCAGAAGACUAAUUGGUGACUUUUUGCUAAUGCUCCCAAUAGGUUUGAUAGGAUUUGUGUAUUAUAUUUUUGCUAUCGUAUUUUUCUACCCUAAAACACAAAGUAAAUUUGAAUCAGGUCAUCAAGAAUCUUUUCUGUCAUUCUUCAUUUUCCAUAUCCUUUUAUUUCUUCUGUUAUGGAGCUUUAUUCAAGCUGUCAUUUGCAAGCCUGGAAAUUCUCCAAGAAAUUGAGUGUUCUUUAUAAGAAUAAAUUGAGAUAAUUAAUAAAGAGGAAUAGCCAAAGGAUUAUAAAUUUGAACUUAAUUUUUGCAUAAAACUUAGUCUUGCUAAGAAUAUUCUCCAAGCAGGGAUUUUAUCAGAGCGACUCUGACACUAAAAAGAAGCGAUAUUGUCUGGUAUGUCAUUCAUUCAAACCAGAGCGUUGCCAUCACUGCUCAACUUGCGAUACUUGUAUUUUAGGCAUGGACCAUCAUUGUCGUAAUAUGUAAAUCAGCUUGAAUCAACAACUGUGUAGGUUUUUUCAAUAGGAAAAUUUUUAUUUUGCUAUUACUAUAUUCACUUAUUAAUGGAUUUUUUAUAUUAUUCAAACUGACUGGACAAGUUUAUAGCUCAUUAGAGCUUAUCCUUAGUGAUAGUAUUCAAGUAUCAUUAAUUCCUCACUUGUACUACAUUGCAGUAUAUUUUUUCUUACUUAUUCUCAUGAUUAUUUUGUCAAGGUUUACGUAUUUUCAUAUAAAAUUAGUCCUCAAAAACUCGACUACUGUUGAAAUGCUAGAUAAAGAAGCUGAAAAUUAUAGCAUAAGCCCAUUAUGAAACUGAAGACAAGUUUUCGGAAAAAAUCCUUGGCUUUGGUUUUUACCUGUUUAUUUGGAAACUGGUAAACCAAUUGGAGACGGAAUUACAUGAGCUCGUCCUAAGGCACCUUUUGAACUCAAAGCAAAUUCAAACUCAGAUCAUAAUCAAGAGGCUUCUGGGAGUCCGUAUUUUGAAAGCCCUCUAAAUAUCUCAAAUAUAGUAAAAUCCUCAUCUUUAAACUCCUCUGUAGAAUACUCACAAGAUCUAAAUUCGAUGCAAUACGUGAAAUCAGACUCCGGCGCCUCUUCGCCGUUUAUAUUGCCCAGAGGUAAAGCAUAA